AUGUCUUCCAAUGGAGACCUGCGAGACGUCGGGAGCUGCGAAAGCUUCUGGGAGGUAAGCUCAACAACUACACCCCUACACCCACAGGUCUGCCAAUCCUGUGGAGCUGACCAAUCUGGUGUGGAAGUAGGACUACCACAGGACUGCCCUCUCAGGCAGCCCUCCCAUUUUUUGCAUGGAAGGCUCUUUUCAGGAGAAUCACUACAGGGCAACACACAUAAUGAGUCCCUGCUGAUUAUACAUUUCCAUGCCCUGGCUAUAAGAGGUUCCUCAUCCCAUUGGCUCCUCUUCUCCCCCACCUCAUCAGGCCUGCCCCAUCAAUUUAUCACUUGCUCUGAGGAAAACUAGCAGCAGUAGUCAUCUGCUCUGUGCAUUAAAGGGUUCAGUGUUUGGUUAUGUGAUGUAAUAUGUCUCUCUCCCUGGCCUGUGGCAUUCUCAUUUAACUAGCAAACUAAUCUGUCUGACUUGUGUGUGCUAUGUUGAAUGGCUUCAUAGAUAUGUACUACAUAUCCUCUGCAGCAGUCAACGAAAUAAGCUGAGGCAUGGACAUCUGUUUAAGUCUGACAUUUACUGCAAGCUAAGGCCACUCCGGAUGAUUGUCCAGAUGUUCAUGUGCUCUCUUUUCAGAGGUCAACUGUGGGUUGUCAAAUUUUCCCAGUCUUCUCUCUGUAACUGGUACAUUUCCCAGAUCAUAAGUCAACGCCCAUAUUUCCAUAACGUUUUCCCUAUGUAGCAGAUCUUUCUUACACAAGUAUAUGUCCAUCUUUACUUAGCCGGGGCACUACAAGAGGACGGUGAAGCGUAUUGACGAUGGACACAAGCUGUGCAAUGAGCUAGUCAGCUGCUUCGCGGAGCGGGCCAAGAUUGAGAAGGGCUAUUCCCAGCAGCUGAGUGACUGGGCCAAGAAGUGGAGGGGUGUAGUGGAGAAAGGUGAGUUGGCCUGGUAGUGGAGGGACUCAUUCACCAUGGCCACCCCCAAAAUAGAGCCUGUAGUGAAGCUCAUAUACUGCCUCAACCCGAUCUCAUUCUCACCCUGUCAGUGACUAGUACAAAAAAACGGAUAUGACACCCAUUCCCAAAGAUAUAGGUCAUCAUUUACUGGUUGAAUAAUGACUUCACUCUCAUUGAAUGACUUGGAGCCUAGUGUUAUUGGAGUGAAAUGUGUCCAUUAACCCUGUGACUUCUCCACCUGAAGGGCCUCAGUAUGGCACCCUGGAGAAGGCGUGGCAUGCCUUCAUGAAUGCCGCUGAUAGGCUGAGUGAGAUCCACAUGGAGCUGAAGGAGCACCUGGCUGUGGAGGACAGCGAGAAGGUCCGUAAUUGGCAGAAAGAUGCCUUCCACAAGCAGAUGAUCGGAGGGUUCCGGGAGACAAAGGAUGCAGACGAAGGAUUCCGCAAGGCACAGAAACCCUGGGUCAGGAAACUGAAAGACGUGAGUGUCGCUCUUCUAACCAGUUUAAUGUUCAGACAUAAUCAACCCUGAAUGACCAAUAAUAGAUUAGUGUACAUUGUGUUAUUGUUUGAUGUGGUAUUUAAUUAGGAUCCCAAUUAGCUGUUGCGAAAGCAGAAGCUACUCUUCCUGGGGUCAACACCAAAUAUGAUAUAAUACAGAACAUUAAUGUCGCUCGUCCCGUGUGUCUCAGUUGGUAGAACAUGGAUCUUGCAACGCCAGAGUUGUGGGUUCGAUUCCCACGGGAGACCAGUAUGAAAAAGUAUAAAAUAAACUGCUCAAAAAAAUAAGGGGAACACUUAAACAACACAAUGUAACUCCAAGUCAAUCACACUUCUGUGAAAUCAAACUGUCCACUUAGGAAGCAACACUGAUUGACAAUACAUUUCACUUGCUGUUGUGCAAAUGGAAUAGACAACAGGUGGAAAUUAUAGGCAAUUAGCAAGACACCCCCAAUAAAGGACUGGUUUUGCAGGUGGUGACCACAGACCACUUCUCAGUUCCUAUGCUUCCUGGCUGAUGUUUUGGUCACUUUUGAAUGCUGGUGGUGCUUUCACUCUAGUGGUAGCAUGAGACGGAGUCGACAACCCACACAAGUGGCUCAGGUAGUGCAGCUCAUCCAGGAUGGCACAUCAAUGCGAGCUGUGGCAAGAAGGUUUGCUGUGUCUGUCAGCGUAGUGUCCAGAGCAUGGAGGCGCUACCAGGAGACAGGCCAGUACAUCAGGAGACGUGGAGGAGGCCGUAGGACAACAACCCAGCAGCAGGACUGCUACCUCCGCCUUUUUGCAAGGAGGAGCAGGAGGAGCACUGCCAGAGCCCUGCAAAAUGACCUCCAGCAGGCCACAAAUGUGCGUGUGUCUGCUCAAACGGUCAGAAACAGACUCCAUGAGGGUGGUAUGAGGGCCCGACGUCCACAGGUGGGGGUUGUGCUUACAGCCCAACACCGUGCAGGACGUUUGGCAUUUGCCAGAGAACACCAAGAUUGGCAAAUUCGCCACUGGCGCCCUGUGCUCUUCACAGAUGAAAGCAGGUUCACACUGAGCACAUGUGACAGACGUGACAGAGUCUGGAGACGCCGUGGAGAACGUUCUGCUGCCUGCAACAUCCUCCAGCAUGACCGGUUUGGCGGUGGGUCAGUCAUGGUGUGGGGUGGCAUUUCUUUGGGGGGCCGCACAGCCCUCCAUGUGCUCGCCAGAUGUAGCCUGACUGCCAUUAGGUACCGAGAUGAGAUUCUCAGACCCCUUGUGAGACCAUAUGCUGGUACGGUUGGCCCUGGGUUCCUCCUAAUGCAAGACAAUGCUAGACCUCAUGUGGCUGGAGUGUGUCAGCAGUUCCUGCAAGAGGAAGGCAUUGAUGCUAUGGACUGGCCCGCCCGUUCCCCAGACCUGAAUCCAAUUGAGCACAUCUGGGACAUCAUGUCUCGCUCCAUCCACCAACGCCACGUUGCACCACAGACUGUCCAGGAGUUGGCGGAUGCUUUAGUCCAGGUCUGGGAGGAGGUCCCUCAGGAGACCAUCCGCCACCUCAUCAGGAGCAUGCCCAGGCGUUGUAGGGAGGUCAUACAGGCACGUGGAGGCCACACACACUACUGAGCCUCAUUUUGACUUGUUUUAAGGACAUUACAUCAAAGUUGGAUCAGCCUGUAGUGUGGUUUUCCACUUUAAUUUUGAGGGUGACUCCAAAUCCAGACCUCCAUGGGUUGAGAAAUUUGAUUUCCAUUGAUAAUUUUUGUGUGAUUUUGUUGUCAGCACAUUCAACUAUGUAAAGAAAAAAGUAUUUAAUAAGAUUAUUUCAUUCAUUCAGAUCUAGGAUGUGUUAUUUUAGUGUUCCCUUUAUUUUGCCAGGAGACCGGUACCUGCCCCAAUGCAUAGUGCCAACUGUAAAGUUUGGUGGAGGAGGAAUAAUGGUCUGGGGCUGUUUUUCAUGGUUUGGGCUAGGCCCCUUAGGUCCAGUGAAGGGAAAUCUUAACGCUACAGCAUACAGUGACGUUGUAGACGAUUCUGUGCUUCCAACUUUGUGGCAACAAUUUUGGGAAGGCCCUUUCAUGUUUCAGCAUGACAAUGCCCCCUUGCACAAAGCGAGGUCCAUACAAAAAGGGUUUGUCGAGAUCGCUGUGGAAGAACUUGACUGUCCUGCACAGAGCCCUGACCGAACGCCGACUGCGAGCCAGGCCUAAUCGCCCAACAUCAGUCCCCGACCUAAUCCUCUUGUGGCUGAAUGGAAGCAGAGCUGUGUGUCAGUUGACUAUGCAAACAAUUUGGAAUUUUCAACACAUUGUUUUUUUAUAAAAAGUCAGUCUCUCCUCAAUUCUUAGCCAAGAGACUGGCAUGCAUAGUAUUUAUAUUAUCCCUCUGAUUACAAUGAAGACCAAGACGUGCCGCUCUGUUCUGGGCCAGCUGCAGCUUAACUAUGUCUUUCUUUGCAGCACUUGACCACGACUGGACAAUAAUCAAGAUAAGACAAAACUAGAGCCUGUAGGACUUGCUUUUUGGAGUGUGGUGUCAAAAAAGCAAAGCUUAUUAUUAUUAUUAUUAUUGACAGACCUCUCCCCAUCUUUACAACCAUUGAAUCUAUAUGUUUUGACAAUGACAGUUUACAAUCUAAGCUAACACCAAGUAAUUUGGUCUCCUCAACUUGUUCAACAGCCACACCAUUAAUUACCAGAUUCAGCUGAGGUCUAGAGCUUAGGGAAUGAUUUGUACCAAAUUCAAUGAAGAUAUGUGUGGUUGGUGAUGAUUAGUAAAUAGAGCAAUUCCUCUGUCCAAGGUGGAGUCAUCUAAGAAGAGUUACCACCAGGCCCGUAAAGAGGAGAAGACUGCUUUGACUCGCGAGACCCAUGCCAAGGCUGACCCCACCAAGUCACAGGAAGAGGUCCGCAAAUUUACAGACCGUGUGGAGAAAUGCAACCAGGAAGCAGAGAAGGUACUGAAACUCCACCGAUCAUAUGUGAACAAUAAGUGUUCAGCUAGGUAGUCAUCAGGUUACAUUACAUUUAUUUUAGUCAAGAGGCUUGUGAGGUCAUUCAGGUUUUUUGUUACACGCUGUACUUUAGCUGGAAUCCUGAGCCUUUUGAACCUACUGUUAACCCAUGAACACAAGUAACAAGCCAACCUCUUGCGCAUUCAUUAUGUUAUUUGUACCAGCCUUAUAGGGUCAGCUAAUGGGACAGUCCAGUCUAAAUAGCGGAUGUGUCGGUGGAAUUGGUUCAGUGCAGUUACAAAGCAUUGUUUUAGUUGGUGUGCUGUCUAGAGGCAGCAUGUAGUCAAGUGUGAAAUUGUGGGUGGGGAAGCACAUACUGACUUGCCUUUUUUAAAAACAUGACUGUUUGGCGUGAUGAGACUUGUCAGGUGGCAGCCUUGCAGCGACAAGUAGAACGACUGGGAGCUGUUGUUUUUGACUGGCUGGAUCUGUGGAGGCUUUUAUUGUUAGUCUCUCCCACCAUGUCUAAACUAUAAUGUGCUGUAGGAAGUGCACAGUAAGGUUCCAUUGAUGAAGUUGAGUUAGUAAUCAAAGCUUUCCUAGUUUAAAAUGUAGGGAUAGUUUGUAAUUUAUACAGUAAAUCCUUAACUGGAUUUAUGUCUGUUUACUUGCCCACAGCAAAUCUCUUGAGUCUACACCCUGUUAACGGCUCUCUGUCUGCUCAGGGAAGGCAGGCUCUUUCUCUUAGAUUACCAACAUGCCAAACAACAUUAGCUACUUCAAAGCCAAGUGCUUCCUGGCAUCUGACAGGAAGUUUUUUUUUUUUUAAUGUAUAAAUAUUUUAAAUGGUAUAACAGGACAAAAUAUAAUGUAUACAACAUUCAGACGAAGUUUGGCCAAUGCGUUUUUACCGUUUACUCCCAUUGUUUUGCACGUAAAGAUGGUGAUUCUGUGUCUGAAGCCAAAUGUAUAUUUAGUUGCUGUGUGUCUGAUUUAACUCCAGGCAAAGGAGCGCUAUGAGAAGGCUUUGGAGGAGCUGAACCGCUGUAACCCACGCUACAUGGAGGACAUGGAGCAGGUGUUUGAGAUAACCCAGGAGGCUGAGAAGAACAGGCUGUGCUUCUUCAAGGAGGUCCUGCAGGACAUCCACAAACACUUGGACCUCUCCAGCAAGGAUGGGUAUGACAAUCACACAUUCUGCUGACUAGUACAUCUACCCUUGUACUCAACUGUGCAAUAUCUUGAGUGAAGUGAGGUAAUCUUAUUUUUUUUCUGGACACAUCUAUUUAUGGUUAAUGGUUAACAACGUAUCUUGGUUCAUAGAUGUUUUUUAAAAAUAAAUAUAUUUUCCUCUUAUCUUGAAUUGGGCGCUGGACAUUCUUUGCCACUUACAGGUAUGAUGUUGAGACAUUAGUCAUGUUUUACAGUUGCAUAGAUUGCACAAGAUUGAACAGUAGACUUUGAGCGUGCGCAUCUAAUAGUGCAUUCUAUUUCGUAGAAUUAGCCUACAUUUCUGUUCAACAGUAUGUGUACACAAGGAGUGAAUGUUCAACUGCUGGUGUUGUCCAUUAACUAACAGUCUUUCAUAUCAGGUCCUUACUCUAUUUAGAAAAGGGCCAGGUGACCAUGGAACUGUUGAUGGUUGGUCUGACCUUCCGGCUAAACAAAUAUUCGGUGGAAUGUACCCACGUUCUUAUAGCUUGGUAUUGCCAGAGAAUGAGAUAAACCUAGCAAAGUAAAGUACAGUAAGGGUGGACUUAUGUGUUUGACUGGAUAAAGUCCACCAAUCCCACAACAAAAACACCCUCAGUCACACAUUCCAAUAAAAAUGUUGAGGUGAUUUCAGUUUUAUUUAUGGACCUCUGCAUAUCCCCCCCAUUUUCUAAAAUGGACAAAGUAUUUUUGUAUGUUCCUAAUGGUUUUUGAAGCGUGUGCUCUCAUUUUGCCACAUACCCCUGUUAUCCUGUGUAUUCGUACCCAAGAUGGUCACAUUACAUAAUUAUCCUUUGCAUCCACACACGUGUUGAACUAUCUUGCUCAUUGACCACAGUAUUGUGUUAGAAUGUGACUCCAGUGAUUAACAGAGGAAGUUGUCCCUUAGAUUCAAGAUCUUGUACCGUGACCUGGGCCAGACCAUCACUGCAGCCAAUGACAGCGAAGACCUAAGGUGGUGGAGAAAUACCCAUGGGCCUGGCAUGAGCAUGAACUGGCCGCAGUUUGAGGUAAAGGACAUUGUCUGUCUGUAACCUUUUUUAUUUAUUUUAUGUAAACAAUUGUCUAUUGACUUUGAGGGCACAUGAGUUACAAUACAAAUUGCAUAACGUAAGCUUAUAACAAAUAUGUUGCCUGCGUUUACUGAUUUAUCAAAUAGUAUAUAUAAAUCCAAAACAUUAAUUUUACAUAAUUAUUUGGUAAAGAAACAUUGUCAAAGGUGUACUGUUCAUAUAAAUAAGAGGUCUUCCCCAUAUAGACAUAUUGAGCUCUUGCUUGAACUGUUGGUCAAUUCAGAAAGGGGAUGACGUUGAAUGGGCCCUUGUGUGACAUGUGGACCUGAGUGGGUUCUGGAAUGCUGGAGUGCUUUCUCAGAGCUAAAGCCUGCUCUGACCACCCCACACACAGCCCAAGGUUCCUGAGCCAGGCCAUUUAAAACUGCUCCUCAGUCACCACCUUUACUCUACUGCACAUGCAGGAUGCUGCAAAAUGCUGUUUUUCUAUUUUGUGGGAAAUUACAACUACUGGGAACAAAAAAUCCUCUACUUCAUAAUGAUCAAUUUAAAGCUGGCGAUAGCUGGCACACAGGAGCAUGUUGAUCUGGAAACCGGUAUUGGUUUACAGUUCCAGGCAAAGCCACUGUGAAGCUUGUGGAGAGUGAGAAUGAGGCAGCUCUCCUCUGUCUCCUUAGGAAUCUUUUGGCAUUCCCACUGGUUUCCCCGGACACAGGGGCCCUUUGUCCUGGCUGGGGAGCAGCACAGCUCUUUGUAGUGGCUUCAAAAGCACUCUGAUUAUUUAGUAUCCUCCCAAAGAUGAUGCCUCAACAUGUGACUGGCGAAACUGUAUCCUCAGUUAACUGACAAACAGUGUUAACAGAUUUCUUUCCUCUCCACUUUUCAUCAGAUGGUGAUUUGGUUUAGAUUACAGGUCUGUGAGGUGGCUGUUCUUUUGUGGUGUGUGGGUUUGAUCGACUGCAUUGAUAAAGAACACAAUAGGCCAGAUGAAUACAAUAGAUAUUUCAGUCAGUAGUGUGAGAGAUGUUCAAAAUAAACUAUACUGUUUCGAAGAAGCCACUGUAUGUGUGAAAGAAAAUGUGAUGUUACCAGCUGGUGAUAGUUAGAAAAAAUAUAAAAUAGUUCCAUGCUUUUUAAAGUGUAUUUUAUAAACAUUUGUCUGUUUGUCCAGGAGUGGUCCCCUGAGUCAAACCGCUCCAUCUCCAACCAGAAGGCGAGGAACAGCCGUGCCGAGGACGUGGUCACCCUGACCAACAUUGUCCCUUCAAGCGAGGAGGCACCCCAGACCCCUCAGGAGACCACCAGGUAACUGUGCUCUCUGUGACCUGCACAUGACCUAUCCGCCCUGCUCUCCCUGCACUAUCACAGUAGCUUCUGUACCAAAUGGGUUGUCCAAAUGUAGAGCUAGAGAUUACUCUUUGACCGACUGCACCACUAUUCAUGAAUUGUCUUCUCAGCUUUAGGACAGGUAUGUCAUUCUUCUUCUAUAAUACAAUAGUUGCCUUGUGCAUGGAGCAGGAAAGACUGGGAAUAAUAGUUGUUUAGUACAGUAUCUUGUUAUUGUGACUCACUAUUCCCACGGGACAGUGGAUGUUUAUGAGGAGUACUUAUUUUAUUUUUUGUAAUAGAAAUUGAUGACAUUGGUACUUGAGGCCGAGUUUUUUUUCAAAAACAUGACAAACGAAAGGAUGACGUAGUUAUUAUGUGUUAACUCUCUGUUGGUUUGCUCCAAAGCUGGUUUGCUCCAAAUACAUAUAUCUCUGAGGUGUUUACACUACAAUUAUUCCAGCUUUUGAAAAUCUCUGUUUGGCUUCUGCUACUGUAUUUGUCUUGUGUUCUUAGUAACCGUGGUCCCCCAAGGAGUUUAACUUCCUGUAUCCACAGAGAGCUGCAGCCUCUAAUUAGUGUUUGUACCAGUGUUGAGUCAGAGGCCUUGUGUCUGUGUGUCUUUGUCUGUUUGUUUUCAUGCGUUGAAUUUAACCUCCAUAUUCAGUUAACAUACAUACACCAGUCACAGUAGAUGUUCAUACAGUGUCGCUCUAUCUUGGUGUGUGAGCACUGAGAUCAAAUGAAGGUAUGUUGAUUUAUUGUGUCACCUUUCAUAGAACUUGUUGGGGGAAAGAUCUGUGGUCGCUACCACCCUCUGUUGGUUAAAAGUUAUCGCUACAGUGACAUAAUGAGAAUACAUGGCCCGCUUGAUAAGACAUUUUGCUAGAUUUCUGGUUUCAGCCUCCAUGUGUAGUUUGGAAGAGAAUAAUUCAUGUUCAUUGUUUUCUUCAUACCAUCCUUGUAUGACUACUCAGAAAGUACUAGAUUUAUUUUGCUUUUUUGCCCAGGGAUACUAACCCUCUGCCCUUUUCCUUUCCUGUCAACAGAGGGGUCAAAGACUACUCAUCAGACUGGUCUGACGAAGACAUCCCCAAAAAGGUCAUCGCUGCUAAUGGGGUGGAGGACGAAGAGAAGGUAGAAGGGGUACGAGUUAGAGCAUUGUAUGAUUACAAUGGGCAGGAGGCGGAUGAGCUGAGCUUUAAAGCAGGUAUUAAUCCCUACUAAUGCUUAUUAAUGUCACUGGACAUCAACACACAGACACACACACACGGACCAAUGCAUGCAUGGCAGCCACAACUCACUUUGGUCUGAAUGCACACUUUGUUUUGCUAAACUAGUGGCAUGGAUAUUAAUUCACCAUUUGUUCAUUUGGUCUAUAAAGGUGUUUCAAAUGUAAGGACAAACAACAGUGGGUGAAUUAAUACAAGUGUGAUUUACACAACAUGAGCUUCAGAUUUGAAGACACUGUGCAGCAAUAUCAUUUGUAUCCUACCACAUACAUGAUUUUAGUUAUGGAAAGGAUAUGUGUUGUAUAUAAUCAACCUUGGUUCCCUUUGGUCUGAUUUAUUUCCAAAUAUAUCCUUGAUAUAAUUAUUUCAAAGGAUAUCCUGUUUGAAAACAUUAUUGUAUUUACAGCUUUGGUUGAAGUUACUCAUCCUAAUUCUAGAUGUUUAACAUUCAAAGUAGCUACGUAAAUAAUAAGAAUGCAAUAAAUGGUGUCAAACAAAAUUAUUAUCAAAUGAUAAUCAAUUUUAAACUCCUACAACUCCUCAACAAUGCAGGUAAGUGUUGCAAUUGAUAGUCAUGACGAUUGUUUUGAGAUAUGUAUGAAUUACCUUGAACUGAACCAGACUCGUCAUUUGUCAAGAGACUUCACAAAAUGCAGUUCUUUAUCCUAGAUGAUUCCUGCCAGCUAAAAGGCACAGGGUAACAUUGUCCAUUAUUUAGUUUAGCAGUUAAUUCACAUGAUCACGAGGACCCUAGAGGACCCCUUGUUACGCUAGUGAAAAUAAAGCUGCCGGUAAGGCAGUGUCAUGCCCCUCUGAUUGGUGGGGCACACUCUAGUCUCCCUCCCAGUGGAGCUUAACCAGUCUAAGCCCCCAUUAGAGCCCAGUCUAACUGGGAGCCAAUGUCCUUGUCUGGGCUAUCUCCUAGAUUAGUAGAUAUCUUCACAGAGGGGGGUCGUGCACCCUUGGAUUUGGAGAGGAUACUGGAUAAUAUGAGUUGACGUGCCCAUGUAGCGAGAUCUUAGUAGACCUUAGUUUAACUCUGAUCUGCACCAUGGCCUUGCUUUUGGUCGACUUUGGUUCCAGUCUUGAGGGAUCACAAAAGGCCAACUGAUUUGAGACAGGGCAGGGGUUAAUGAUCCUUUUGGAGAAGGAAUAAGCCCUCACACUUGUCUUCUGUGAUGAGCUUUUGCUUUCUAGAAGAGCACCUCAGACUAAACUAAGAAUGAUAUAGAUAGAUGUCAACAUUUUUAAGUCAUUUCAACCAUUUGGAUAAGGUGAGAACAUGUACACAGGUAAUUAUGCUGCCACCUUGUGGUGGUCCCUGUAACAAAAUUGAAAUUCAGAAGUCCAUUACAUGAAUAUGGAUGAAUUAUGGUGCAUGUAAUUGCACUGAGAAGAUAAUCUUUCACACUCCCAGCAGGUAGUGUCGGUGGAAUAUUCCAGAUAUACAUGGGACUGGAAGAAACAGUGCAAGUUAUUAUUAAGCAUGCUCCCCUGUGCCUUCUGCUCUCUCAUCACUCAGGUGAAGAGCUAAUGAAGAUGGGUGAGGAGGACGAGCAGGGCUGGUGCAAAGGGCAGCUGGGCAACGGAGAGGUGGGCCUUUACCCUGCUAACUACGUCCAGGUCGUUACGUCCUGA